AUGGCGUCAGGCUCUUCCAAUCUAUACUGCUUGUACGCAUACGACCUCCAGCGAUCACCUACACAACAACUAUCUCCUAGCAUAACGUCUGACAGGGACCCGUAUUGUCCACACUGUAAAAACACACUGCACCUUUCACCAGGAAAAGCAUGGGAGAUAUCGAAAUGGGCGGGCGACACGGAGCGAACCUUUCAAGUCCAAAACCGCUUCGUCGUCAAGUGUCACCGUGACGGUCCCGAUGGCCAAUACUGCUGCGUUAUAUGCUCCAAGUACGCCGACUCGGACACUGUAUGCGGCGACGUCAAGGCCCUUAUCAAGCAUCUCUCGGAAGACCACGAUGUUCGUGAACUCAAGCAUGAAGAGGAUAUCGUCGAGGUGAUUGAGCAGCCAGGAAGUCGCAGAGAUAGUGGGCUUGGCUUUGCUUCUUCCAAGGGAAGUAGGAGGAGUGCUAGUCUGGCAUCGGGGAGGAGGAGGAAGAGCUUGCCUGCGUAUGACCGCGAAGUUGACGUCUUUGAUGUUAGGUCCUCAAGGAGGUAG